GUUCAUCGGCGGUGGAGAGAAGGAGAGGGACGUGGUCCGACCCAAUCUGGCAUUUCGGUACGCCAGAUCAUUCUGGAACAAAAAACUGAGGAGACUAAUGAUGAUCCUGACAUUUUCGCACAUCAGACGAUUCAGUCAUCCGUGCAAAAUUGCUCUGCCGCAGAGAUAGAUUUGCAGGAUAAGGAGCUACAACAAAGUGAAGCUGCUUUACAAGAAUGCUUCAAUCCUCCAAUUGUGGUGCCUGUGUCAAGACCACAGGAGGUUGAGAAGGCGAGGAGGGAUCUCCCAAUAAUAAUGAUGGAGCAGGAAAUAAUGGAAGCUAUCUACGAAAAUACUGUGGUAAUUCUAUGCGGAGAAACAGGUUGUGGUAAAACUACUCAGGUCCCUCAGUUCUUAUAUGAAGCCGGCUUUGGCACAAGCAAUCGAGCUGGUAGAAAAGGGAUGAUUGGUAUCACCCAACCACGACGUGUUGCUGUUCUUGCCACAUCCAAGAGGGUGUCAUAUGAGUUAGGACUUAAGCUAGGAAAGGAGGUCGGUUUUCAAGUUAGGCAUGAUAAAGAAGUUGGAAGUAAAUGCUCCAUCAAGUUUAUGACAGAUGGCAUUUUGCUGCGAGAGAUCCAGGUUUUGUAUAUGUUUGCUUUUCCUGGUUACUCCUAUCAGUCUAUUUUGUUCAAUCGUUCAGCUUUGAGUUAAAAGUUUCUUGUUGUAA